CCUUCACGACGCCAUGCCCCGCCCCCUCCGAUUGGAGCGUCGGGAUGAAGCUGUGAAUCGGAGGGGGGACUAGCAGAGGUCAGAGUGGAAGAUGAAGGAGGAUGAUCCAGCUCAAGAAGCACCGCAGUCUGACCUCCUCUGAGUCCUGCUUUCAGACGAACACCGACGGAACCAAACGGAUGAAGGAGCUGAGAUGAACAGCAGGGCUGACCUCCACGGAUGGAGCCGCUGAUCAUAAAACCCACACAGGAGUAUUUUUUUCCUGUUAUCUCAAGAAGAGAUUGAGAGGAUGUCUGUCAGCACCGAGCAGCAACAUCAAAUCUCUAUAAUAUCUCUUUAAUGGCGAAUUGAGUUUAAACUGAAAAAUUAGGAUUAAGAAGUGCGGUUUUUGCUUAUUUAUUCUCACCAGCUACUAUUUCCACAAACUGACUGAAUGGAUAAAGUCCGAAUAUUUAUGGAUGAUUUUACCAGCCGAACCGUGCCAUAAACCAAGCUGUCAGUUCGGGCCAGUUCAGCUCGAUAAUCCCGCUGACAAAGCGAGGGGGAGUCUGCUAACAGCAGCAGCAGCAGCUUGUGUUGUUGUGGGUCAUCAUGCCUGUUCCGACACGUUUUGCUCCGCUGAAAGCAGCCAGCAGGACGUGCCCAGGUGUGUAACAACACAAACAUGUCGGGCUGGAAGCAGCUGGCUGGUUCUGCUCGCAGGUCGUGAAUCCACAGCGGGCAGCGGAGCGGCAGCAGCGGCUAACAGCCAGCGCUACACGCGGAUCAUUUUGGACUCGGCUCGGCGUCAGAACCCUGCUAACAUGGGUGAGCAGCCUAUCUUCAGCACACGGGCCCACGUCUUCCAGAUUGACCCAACCACCAAAAAGAACUGGGUUCCCACAAGUAAACAUGCCGUCACUGUCUCCUACUUUUUUGACAGUACCAGGAACGUAUAUCGAAUCAUCAGUCUGGAUGGCUCCAAGGCGAUCAUAAACAGCACCAUCACCCCAAACAUGACGUUCACCAAGACAUCGCAGAAGUUUGGUCAGUGGGCCGACAGUCGGGCCAACACCGUCUACGGCCUUGGAUUCUCAUCGGAGAGCCACCUGGUUAAGUUUGCAGAUAAAUUUGCUGAGUUUAAGGAAGCGGCUCGCUUAGCAAAGGAGAGGUCUCAGGAAAAGAUAGAGCUCACCAGCACUCCUUCUCAGGGUGGUGCUGUAAAAAGGAAUUUGUUGUCAGUCAGCAAACCUGGUAAAAAGAAGGAGUCAGCACCAGGGGACCUGCAGUCACCUCUGACCUCAGAGAGCAUCAACGGUACGGAGGAGGACCGAGGCGCACCAGGAACACCUCAGCACUCUGAAGCCAGGGCUGAACCUUCCCAGAAUGCGUUGCCCAUGUCUCACAGUUCCUCCAGCAUCAGUAAGCACUGGGAGGCCGAGCUGGCGGCGCUGAAGGGGAACAAUGCCAAACUGACGGCGGCUCUGCUGGAGUCCACGGCCAACGUCAAACAGUGGAAACAGCAGCUGGCGGCCUAUCAGGAAGAGGCCGAGAGGCUACACAAGCGGGUACCACUCAGUCCAGGACAGACUCCCAGUUCAGUCCGGUCUGGAUUCAGAUGUUUGUGCUCUGUUCUGCAGGUGACGGAGCUGGAGUGCGUGAGCGGCCAGACGACGGUGAUCAAAUCCCAGAAAACAGAACUCAACAGAACUAUAGAGGAGCUGGAGUUGGCUCUGAAGGCCAAGGAGGAGGAGCUGGAGAGCCUCAAAGCAGAGGUGGAGGGUGCCAACGAGUUCAAGUUUCAAAAAGAUUCGCUCACACAGAAACUAAAAGAGUCGGAGUUGAGGAACCAGACUCUGGAGGCGCAGCUCAGCGAGCUGGAGCAGCGUCUGGAGAGCAGCCAGCAGGAGAGGGAGGCGUGUCAGAAGAACCUGCGCUCCCUCCUGCAGCUGCUGGACUCCAAGAUCUUCGAGCUGACGGAGCUGCGAGACGCGCUGGCCAAGAUGAUGGAGAGCAGCUAGAGACGGACGGAGUCCUGCGUCCUCACGUUCACAUCGUCACCAACACAACUUGAAAUUACUUCUCCUUUGUUUUCACUUUGUUAGCAUUUACACCAAACUUUCUGCAUCAGCGGUACACAGACGUUACUUCUUCAUCACUCAGAUGGUUUACAAAGAGCCAAGUGAAGCCUUUCUCUGCUCCACUCUGGAAAACUUUCUCAUCUUUAAACCUAUUUUUGUCUCUCUUCAUCACUAAAGUGAAGACGCACUUUUUGAGCUUUGGUGCAAAACUGCAGUCACCUCGAUGAUUGUUCUGCUUUAGCUUUCUCUUCUUCUUUUUUUUAAGCUUCAUAAAAUCCACCAUCAGCGAAAAAAAAAGAAAAAAGAAAUCCUCCUUCUCCCUGAGAUGGAUGUUAUUUUUUCACGCGUAUGAUGAGAAGCGACCGCCACACGAGAACACUGGCGUGUCCGCUAAUCUUUACCACAAAAUGAGCAAUACAAUAAAUGGAGGGUUUAGAAACACUUUCCACUCACAUUCAGGUAAUUUUCUUGCUGCCACAGAAAUGUGUGAUUGACAGAUUGCAAGGCAGGAUUUAUUCAGCAGUUCUUCUUUCUACAAUGCUUUUAUUUUGAAAGGAUAAACCAGCUUCACGGUUCAUUUGUUUAUUUGUAUCAGAUGUUUUCUUUCCCUUCUUUCUGAAGCUUUUGGAAGUGCACUGUCCUUUUCUUGUUUAUUUAUUUAAAAAAUGACUGAUUAUGACUGAAGUCGUUCACGAGCAAAAUGUUUUUCUUUACGUUUUGCUUCGACUUGAUCUUUUUUUAUUGUCUGGUACGAGGCUGUCGGGUUAGAUUUCGGAAAAAAAUGGCAAUAUUUA